AUGAACUUAGCUGUUCCAUUAUCGCCAACAUCAUCGGGUUUUCAUCGUUCUCAUUCAGAUCGUGAUCUAUUAGCAAAUGAACGUCGUUUAACGCGUACUCAUUUAAAUAGUUCAUCUUCAUCAUCAAAUCUCGCAUCACAAUCAACGAAUACUACAUCUAAUAUAUCAGCACCAACAUCACCUACAGCUACAUCAUCUAAUCCAGCACAUCUUCCAUGGGAUUGUUUACAGAAAUGGUUAUAUGGUAUUGCUGUCGUAACAUUUGAUUUAGAAUUAGGACAAUCAAUCGAAUAUCUGUUACCAAAGCAUUGUAAAUUAAGUGAUAAAGAAAAAUUGAAUUUAUCUUAUUUAUCAUUUCCGGAUACAAAUUCUACAUGUCUCGGUGAUUUUCAAUAUCAUUUUCGUAUUAAUCAUGAAUCAUCAAAUUUAACAACAUACUAUCAAUAUUAUAAUUCAACUGUUCCAGCAGCAUUACAAGUUGAUAAUAAUAUAUUAUUUGGUUAUGUUAAUUUUCGACAAAAACGUGAUAAAACAAUAAAACGUGGUUUUUUCCAAAAAUCAUUUGUACUUUUAUCGAAAUUACCAUUUAUUUCACUUUUUUUAACCAUUGUUAAACAACUUGCAGUCGAUUUUUUUGAACAUGGUUUAUCAAGUUUAGAAUCAUGUUGUUAUUUAAUGGAUCAUCAAUGGCCAGAACCUGAACCUGGAAAAACUUUAUUAUUACCAUUAUUAGAUAGUGUACUUCAAAUACGUAUUCCAACACAUGGUGAUAAACCAUUUUCUCCAUCAGAUCUUGUUCAAUUUCGUACGAUUGUUAAUGAAACAUCGAUAGUGAAUACGAAUAGCAGUCAGUCAUUUAAAUUUCCUAUAGAUGAUGAUACUGAAAUUGAUGGAUCCGAACAAGAUUUAACAACUGACGUUCUACCAAAACAUGAACAACAACAACAACAACAACUGCCACGUCUUAUUCCAUUUGUGUAUGAUGUUAAUACACAUCAAUCAUUGUUAUGUGUAUUAACACAUAUUCAACUUCUAUGGGAAUUAAUAUUACUUAAUGAACCUAUUGCAAUACUUGGAAGUUUUCCAACAGAAUGUUCACAAACAAUUCAAGCACUUGUUCAUAUUAUAUGGCCAUUAAGAUAUGCAUCGGAUUAUCGUCCAUUUUUUACUAUACAUAAUAGUGAAUUUCAUGAAAUAACAUUUAAUACUUCGACAAAAACAUUAGCGUCACCACCAAAAAUUAUAAUUGGUGUGACAAAUCCAUUUUUUGCUAAACUUCUUCAUCAAUGGCCACAUGUAAUUCGGGUUGAUGAUAGUCAACAUAAAACUAAAACCAAGAAACAUGAAAGUUUUCUUCUUGUUGAACGUGAUGA